GCCUCUAUAUAUCUAUUUGUAAUAAAUUUCCUUUAACCACUUCCCGUCCAGACCAUGUAUAUAAAUGGGCGGACGGAAGCAGUGCAGGGGAGGGUGGCCAUUUAUAAAUGUUCUCUUGCUUCGCUGCCUGUGCGCGCUCCCUGGGAGCACGUGGCACUGCGAUCUGGUGACUGCUGUGUCCGAAGGACACAUCGGAACACGAUCGCUGUAUGGGACCUCUGUGUGAGGUCCCGAUCAUGUGAUCACUGAUUGGCCAAUCAGUGUUCACAUGCAGAGUAGUAAGCAAGAUGUCACUUCUGACAUCAUUGCUUACUACGUGUGAAAUCUGUGAAUGAUCACAGAGGUCACAUGGUACAGGGCUAUUCACAACAGCCUUGUACCA